CUUCCUGUGCCCCAGCCUCAAUUUUUCUCCAGCCGCUGGAAGGUGUUCAUUUUCCACCAGGACGUUAUUUGGGGGUACUUACUGUAGGAUUCAGGGUGGGUGCCGAUAAGGACGCUGCUAAGGCACGGGCUGCAGGAAGAAGUCUGUGCAGCUGCGCUCCAGGGAUGUCUAGCGCCCCUGGGCACGAGGAAGGGACCACUUACAUGUGUUAGUGGCUAAUAGUUAUUUCCCACCUGUCAAAGAUUUUGCAGAAACACAGCUCCCAGCUGCAGUGAGACCCAAGUACUGCCUGGACCAGGAUGGCUAGAGAAUCGAAGGAAAGCGCAGCCUUGUACUCCCAAUCUGCAGACGACCGGACGGGGAUUCUGAUGGUGAAGGUGGAGCAGGAGGAAGCCUCCGCCUUGUCUGCAGAAGCGGGACCACUCGGCAGCUCCACUCCAUGCUCCGAGCGCUUCCGCCAGCACUUCCGGGGAUUCCGCUACCCGGAGGCUGAGGGGCCCCGCCAGGCGCUGAGCCGCCUCCGGGAGCUCUGCCAACUAUGGCUGCGGCCCGAGAUGCACAGCAAGGAACAGAUCCUGGAGCUGUUGGUGCUGGAGCAGUUCCUGACCAUCCUGCCCGGGGAGCUGCAGAGCUGGGUGCGGGAGCAGCAUCCAGACAACGGGGAGGAGGUGGUGGUGCUCUUGGAGUGUUUGGAGAGGCAGCUGGCUGAGCCCAUGCCGCAGCUCCCAGGUGGAGAACAGGGGCAAGAACUGCUCUGUUGCAAGGUGGCAGUGUUGACACCAGCUCAGAGCUCUAUGUCGAAGCACUCAAGAGCUAUUAAAAAUAUUUUUAAAACAACAGUAAAAAUCCUCAUGUGCUGUCCACUUGUUAUUUCAGGUGGUGAAAUACAGACCGAGAUCAGGGAGUUACAUCCAGGUGAGGAACAUCCAGUACGAGAGUCUGGGGAAAUACUGUGCCACUUGGGUGAAGACAUUGCCCGGAUUCCUACACGUGCAGAAGCUGGUGAACAGGAGGGUGGGUUACAAAGAAAGCGGAAAAAUGACACUGGGAGGAGACGGCACAUUUGCCAUGAAUGUGGAAAGAGUUUUGCUCAGAGUUCAGGGCUGACUAAACACAGGAGAAUCCACACUGGGGAGAAACCCUAUGAAUGUGAGGAUUGUGGCAAGACCUUCAUUGGGAGCUCUGCCCUCAUCAUUCAUCAGAGAGUCCACACUGGUGAGAAACCAUAUGAGUGUGAAGAAUGUGGGAAGGUCUUCAGUCAUAGUUCAAACUUGAUCAAACAUCAGAGGACUCACACUGGGGAGAAGCCCUAUGAGUGUGACGACUGUGGGAAGACCUUUAGCCAGAGCUGCAGCCUCCUUGAACAUCACAAAAUCCACACUGGGGAGAAGCCAUACCACUGCAACAUGUGUGGGAAAGCUUUUAGGCGGAGUUCACAUCUCCUGAGACAUCAGAGGAUCCAUGGUGAUAAAAAUGUUCAGAAUCCUGAACCUGGAGAGACCUGGGAGAGUCAGGGUAGGAUGGAAGGCCAGUGGGAAAAUGUUGAGGUUCCUCUGAAGUAUAAAUGCAGCGAAUGUGAGAAAAGUUUCACUGGGAAUAGAAGCCUUAUAGAACAUCAAAAAAUCCACACUGGUGAGAAACCCUUCCAAUGUGAUGCAUGUGGAAAAGGCUUCACCCGAACUUCAUACCUUGUUCAACAUCAGAGAAGCCACGUUGGGAAAAAAAUUCUGACACAGUGACCCAAGUCACACAUGCCACAGUUGCUGCUCAUUCCUCAUUGAACUGAAGCCACCCUGGAGCCCAUCCUGACUGCUUAAACUGUGGGCUGGGGCUUCAUUUACAACUACUAGUCAUCAGGAGUUUGUUAGAAGAUACAGAAUCUGAGAUGAAUUAUCUUCUGCAUUCUAGAAGGUGAUGGGCAAAAAACUUGUUUGAUAGGAGAACUACAUGAGUGUUGACUGCAAGAUACAGGACCUGAAAGGGUUUUUUCUCACCUAUUGGACUUAAACAGGCUACCAGACAGGCUAAUUACCCUCAACAGGCCCUUGAUGAUGUCUCCUGGGCAACUGGCUGUGAUUUGGGGCCUGCUGCUCUGGCCAUUUAUUUGGCCUUCACCAGUUGGUCAGAUCAUGAUGUCUUAUACUCCCCAUUGUGCCUUGCAUACAGGUGCUGUGAUUAUUUAUUAAAUAGAUCAGUGAAAUGAC